AUGAUGAUCUCAUCAACAGUGGGGACAUUGGAUGAUCCUUGUCAUUUUUGUCACGAUUGGAUUCUUUACGCUAGUGGCCUUUCGACAAAUUACAAUGAAACCGACUUCUGCAAUUUGAUCUUCGACUAUUGUGAGCAACAUUUGGACGACCUGCCUAGCAAUGACACUUUGAUAUGUGAUGAAUUGAGACCGAAGUGCCAUGAGAUUUACGAAGAGUUGAAUGAAUCAGUGACCGAAGUGGAGAUUUGUGAGAAACUUGGGCUAUGUAAGGAGAAAAAUAUCCCGACGCCCGAACCCUCUGAAAAUCUCCGUCAGUCCCACAUUUAUGGUGACUCUGGAAAUCAAGUUGCUCAAUGGUUAUCCCGUCAUAAACUGUCGUCAAAAAUCACA